UGGAGAGAGAGAGGGGGAGAUCGGAGAAGUAAGGAUAGAUAGGUGGAAUUUAGGGGGGCCAAGGGAGGAUCUUUGGUCUCAAGUUAUCAUCAUUAUUAACAUUCCAAGAUCCAAUUAACAGCUUAUUCCACAACCUUCUUUCCCUUUGCUACUCAUUAACCCUUAUCUUCCCCUUCAAUCUGGGUAUGUUGGGGAAAGAUAUUGCAGAAAUUAAAUACCCAAAUUAACUUUUCAACAGCUGAUCAACUUGAUGAUUAGCUCAACUGACAGAGCAGCUUCGAUUGAAACAUAUGUCGAGAGAUUUCGUUCAAUCUUCAGCUAGCUUGUUUUCAGCAUUACAUUCAAGAUAAAAAAGGAACAAAAUGAGGUUCAAGAACAAAUCCAGGAAUCCAACCACUAUACGUUGCUAUCCAGGACGCAGAUGCUCAUUUUCAGUUCUCUUAUGGAGCCUAGUCGGUUGCCUUCUUUUGCUUAAUCUAUAUUGCUUUAUUUUCGAAAAGAAUGCACCGCAUGGGGGUGCACACUUACGUAUUAACCAGCACCAACACUUUCGUGAGCUUGAGGAGGUUGAGGAGGAUAAUAUACAGAUGCCACCACCAAGGAAGCGAUCCGCACGUGCUGCCAAACGGAAGCCUAAGCGGCCAACCACCAUGAUUGAAGAAUUUCUUGAUGAGUCUUCGCAGCUAAGGCAUGUCUUUUUUCCUGGUCAAAGAACUGCAAUAGACCCUCGUAGGAGUUCAAAUGAUACCUAUUAUUAUUACCCUGGGAGAAUGUGGUUGGAUACUGAGGGAAACCCCAUACAAGCUCAUGGGGGAGGUAUUCUACACGAUCAGAAGACAAAAAUGUAUUAUUGGUAUGGAGAGUAUAAAGAUGGGCCAACAUAUCAUGCUCACAAAAAAGGAGCAGCACGAGUUGAUGUUAUCGGUGUUGGUUGCUAUUCAUCCAAAGAUUUGUGGACGUGGAAAAAUGAAGGAAUUGUUUUGGCAGCAGAAGAACAUAACGAGACACAUGAUUUGUACAAAUUAAAUGUACUGGAGAGGCCAAAAGUAAUUUACAAUGAGAAGACAGGUAAAUAUGUAAUGUGGAUGCAUAUUGAUGAUACAAACUACACGAAAGCUUCUACUGGUGUAGCCAUUAGCGACCUCCCCACUGGUCGGUUUAAUUAUCUGUACAGUAAACGGCCCCACGGAUAUGAAAGCAGGGACAUGACACUCUUCAAAGAUGAUGAUGGUGUAGCAUAUCUCAUCUACUCCUCAGAGGACAACAGUGAGCUUCAUAUUGGUCCACUUAACGAAGAGUACAUGGAUGUGACCCAAUCCAUGAGAAGGAUUCUUGUUGGACAACACAGGGAAGCCCCUGCUUUGUUCAAACAUGAAGGAACCUAUUACAUGAUCACAUCAGGUUGCACUGGUUGGGCUCCGAACGAGGCGCUGGCUCAUGCAGCUGAAUCAAUUAUGGGGCCAUGGGAGACCAUUGGAAAUCCUUGCAUCGGAGGGAACAAAGUUUUUAGAGAAACAACUUUCUUUUCUCAGAGCACAUUUGUGCUUCCUUUGCCUGAGCUACAUGGUUCCUUUAUUUUUAUGGCAGAUAGGUGGAAUCCAGCUGACUUGAAGGAUUCAAGGUAUGUGUGGUUACCUUUAAGAGUGUCAGGGCCAGUAGACCAGCCUCUUGAGUACAAUUUUGGCUUCCCCUUAUGGUCCAGAGUGUCUGUUUAUUGGCAUAAAAGAUGGAGACUUCCUUAUAGAUGGCAGGAAAUAAAUUGAGUAGAGGAAUAGGAAAUCAUUUGUACAAUAUGUUUUUCAAUUUUUCGGUUUUCUAAUAAUUUUUCCAUAGUUGUGUUGUAGUAUUUUUUUUUUUCCCCUCUUCACCAUAAAGAUUAACCAGUUCCAUGCAGAAUAACAAUAGGUGUAAAUUUUUUAGAUCAUGAACCGUAAUAAUGUAAUUUUUGAGUUAGGAUGACUGUUCUUGAGUGAAAACAAGCUCGCCUUUCUCCUC